UUUGUGGGUUUUCCCAAAUUGUUUUAAAAUCUUAAUCUUAUUACAUGUAAACUUCAGACUUUGAAGAAAGUAAUUGAAAAAACAUUUUUUAAAAAACAUCAAAAAAAAUAAUUCAUAUGCCAUAUUUCUGCUAUAAUUCUGGCAUAUCGUAAAUAGAAAUAAUUGGGUAAUCCCAAUUGACUAAAAACAGGAAAAUAUUCUGAUUUCAUAUCAGAUAGUGAGGGGAACAAACUAUUGUAUGUGUAUGCAAAUGUAUGGUUUCGACAGUAAAAAAAACAAAUACGCCAAUAAUCAAGUAAGGGCAUAAAUAAGUAUGAUAGGUGUGGUGGAGUCUCUAUAUUGAUAUACAGAAUGCAUUUACAGAAUUGCACUCAUUACAUCCACCAUUGCCACCCCAACAACAACAAUAGAGCAGCAGCCACUGUGGGCUCCUUUAAUUGGAUAAUAAUCACCGUGACACACAGUGUAUGCGAUAGUAUUCCAGGUAGGCUGUGGAUUGCAAUGUAAUCUGGGAUUUGGUGGCUCAGUGCUGAGUGGUGUGGAAAACCAGGGGACGACCCUGGUAUGUGUAGGAGGGCUGAUUGCAUAGGGGGAGUGUUAUGUAAUACUCCUUGAUUACAGUGUCUACCAAUUAGAGAUGUGUAUGAUUAAGGCUGUGACUCAGUUAUUAGAGCGGGUCGUCCGUUAAUGGAAGGGUCGGCGGUUGGAAUCCCGGCUCCGACUGUCUGCUGUCGAAGGGUCCUUGGGCAAGUCACUGAAAUCUAAAUUGCCUCCAGGGUCGACAUUGUAAGUGAGAAACUGUUCUCAUUUGCCUUACCUGCUUAAACAAAGGGAAAGGAAGGGUUUCCAUUCUGUGGGUUGGGCCCACUCUGUCGCCUUCUUCGUCAUUCAUUUAUAAUUCAGCAUUUUGAGAAUGAAUAAAAAGGUUUAGUAAGCAUGUUUCUUAGAAAAAGCUUAGGAAAGCCUGCUCUAGAGCAUCUUAUUGUACUGUAGAAGACUGUUGCUUUCUCUUCAGUGAGACACAAAAUAAAGUUGUUCUUGUCUACUUGCAGUAUAUUAUUUCAUGUAAAAACAUUUUUUAAAAAAUCCCCCGACCUACUGGCUUCAUAAAAGUUUAAAAUCAUCAGUCAACAGUGACGAAAACAAUAAUGUAGCUAUGCAUUUAAAAUACCUUACACAGUGGUGCUUUUCUUCAGUUCAAUUUGUUCAGUGACCUCGCUUGUAACUUAAAACACCCGUAUCUCAAAUCAUCUUUCCCCAUUGAAAUGAAUGGCAAUAUCAUUUAUCCGUUCCAGCCUCUGCAAAAAAUGCUAGCUUUUUUAAUGCAAUAAAAUUGGAUUUAUCUCACCAAACAUUAUAAUGAAUAAACACAAAAGGAAUGAAGACGUUGGUCAUUUUACUCAUGAGGAGGGCGCAUGGGAGAUUGUUCAGGUUACAGCCUCUCAACACGCUCUAAACAAUCUCCCCCGUCGCUCCUACAUUUAUUUGAAAAUAGGAGAGUUCUACAAGACAUAAUAUUCUAAGCAUUAAGACACAACACAAAACAUAGGACCAGACGACACCUGUCCCGUCCCCGACCACAUCCGAUCACGUCCUUGGUCAAGGCGCCCUUCCAUCAAAUGUUGCUGAGUCAUCUUCUUGAAGGCGAGACAUCUUUCUAUCUAAAUAUUGUCCAUAAUACUAAUGCAAGCUACUAAUGCAAAAUACUAAUGCAAGCUAAGCAAAUAAAUGAUAACUACUAAGAUAUAUCUAACAUUUAAUAAGGAAAAUAGUACGCUAAAAUAUUUUACUUCAUAAAAACAUACAGUAAUAACGUAAUUAAAUAGUAUGUAAAUAUUCAUACAGUUUGUGCAUUAUGAUUAAUUCAUUGUGGUGCCCCGUGUUGUGCACGACUUGGCCAGUAUAAUACAGUCGUGCAAACACAAAUGAAGAAGACUUUCACAACUACUGUAAGUAACUCAGUAACCACAGUCAUAUUUGUCACUUUUCGAAAGGUAUAAAGAAAAUAUGCCUGAAAGUAUUGUUAUAUUGUCUACAUGUGUUGCUCCACCGUUUGUCUUCAAAUAUCCGUUGCGACAAGGGUUAUAACACAGCGACUAUUGAUGCAAUACAUUCGAAUGAGAACAAGCAGUGCGGAAAAUGGAUGGAUUGAUGGACAUUUUCCGAAUUCUCCUGACCUUUGCUGGCUGAGAAACGCCUCAAACUUCGUAUUGUCUCACAGCGGCGGCCAUUCAAAGUCAAGUUUCAGUGGGCAAAUACGGAGAGAGCACUCCUCCAAAAGUGUCAACUCCCUCAUCGUACACCUCAAGCUGUGUGCACUCCUCUCCUAAGCUCAUCUCAUCCUCUUCUCUUUCUCGUGGCAGGAUUACCAUUCUGUUCAUUAUCAACGCCCAAACUCGCACACUGACAGCGGGAACAAAGCAGAGAGGAUCUUUAUGGAGCCCCACAGGCCAUCAGGCUACUAACAAGUGGAGUUCUGUCAGGAAUACUGUGGAGUGAUUGGCAGGCUGGUGAAUGCAAGAUGUUUCCGUGGUCAGCCGUAUUCUCUCUGGAACCCAAAGUGCCAGGCCAGCGCACCAGUGAGGAGUUGGUCACCAACACGCUGAUGCUGGAGCUGGGCGCCAUGGUCAAGCGUACCGAGCGCAUCCGCCUGGAACGGGCCGCGGAGGGCCAGCGCCGCCGCCGGAGUAGUAGUUGUAGUUCUUCCUCCACGGCAAACUACAGCUGGUUGGCCAACGCGCCCAACCCGCAACCCUACCAGCUGAUGCCCAAUGACCUGCUGGAGCUGCAGGAGCUCUGCGCCAAGGUGCCACCCAGCCAGUGCGGCCCUGUCAUUGUCAGGUUCAGGAGGCUGGUGUCUCAGAUGGAACCGGAGGUCUACGAGGUCCCGCGUCUGUUUCGCUCGGUAAUCCGCGACUGCCUGGAGGAGAUGACAGGAGGAGGUGUGCAACACAGCAUGCUGAUGAAGCAGCAGCGCAGCAAGAGCCUCUCCUUCGUCACAUUCCGCAGCAAGUUCCGAACGGGCUACUUCUUCGGAGGAAGCGGCCCCAGGGGGUCCAGGGGCGACCUGGAGCAGCAGGUGGAUUGGUCGGACGAGGAGGGGGCAGAGGAGGAUGACGACGGAGGGGAAGGAGAGGAAGAGGCCAUCAGGGCCCGCAUCAGGAAAGGGAGGAGCAGGAGCAUGCCGGACAUCACACCUUUGGAACAAAGUGCACACGGAUGAACGAGAUUAGGAUGAGGUGGUGCUAUAGGAUGGAAGGGUAGGGCCAGAGCAUUUUACAGUAAAUGCAUGAGUUUAUGUACUAUAUAUUGAACUCUAGACAUUUGUGAGGAAAUAGACAUACUGACUGUACUAUUUGAAUAAAGAC